AAAGAGAAGAAAGUACCGGAGGAUUGCCUUUUUUCCUUUCAGUUAAUGAAAACGACUUUUAUCCUCAUACAAGGCUAAGGGGAGAAAGAGAGAUACCUUUCGGAGGUUGAAAUCCUAUUGAGAAACAUGGAAAAAGGAGCCAGGCACCGGAACAACCCUGAAAAGAACCACCCAGGUGGGAGCAGUUCGCAGGAGGCUGAUUCUGGAGGGGGCGGAGUGGCCCUGAAGAAAGAGAUUGGAUUGGUCAGUGCUUGUGGUAUCAUUGUAGGGAACAUCAUCGGCUCUGGAAUCUUCGUCUCACCCAAAGGUGUGCUAGAGAAUGCCGGCUCUGUGGGCGUGGCUCUCAUCAUCUGGAUUGUGACAGGCCUCAUCACAGCUGUGGGAGCCUUGUGCUAUGCUGAGCUCGGGGUCACCAUCCCCAAAUCUGGAGGUGACUACUCCUAUGUCAAGGACAUCUUUGGAGGCCUGGCUGGGUUCCUGAGGCUGUGGAUCGCGGUGCUGGUGAUCUACCCCACCAACCAGGCUGUCAUCGCCCUCACCUUCUCCAACUACGUGCUGCAACCGCUCUUCCCCACCUGCCUCCCCCCAGAGUCUGGCCUUCGCCUCCUCGCUGCCCUCUGCUUAUUGCUCCUCACAUGGGUCAACUGCUUCAGUGUGCGGUGGGCCACCCGGGUUCAAGACAUCUUCACAGCUGGGAAGCUCCUGGCCCUGGCCCUGAUCAUCAUCAUGGGGAUUGUACAGAUCUGCAAAGGACAGUACUUCUGGCUGGAGCCAAAGAAUGCAUUUGAUAAUUUCCAAGAACCGGACAUCGGCCUCAUCGCACUGGCUUUCCUUCAGGGCUCCUUUGCCUAUGGAGGCUGGAACUUUCUAAAUUACGUGACUGAGGAGCUUGUCGAUCCCUACAAGAACCUUCCCAGAGCCAUCUUCAUCUCCAUCCCACUGGUCACAUUUGUGUAUGUCUUUGCCAAUGUGGCUUAUGUCACUGCGAUGUCGCCCCAGGAGCUGCUGGCAUCAAAUGCAGUCGCUGUGACUUUUGGAGAGAAACUCCUGGGAGUCAUGGCCUGGAUCAUGCCCAUUUCUGUCGCCCUGUCUACAUUUGGAGGAGUCAAUGGGUCCCUCUUCACCUCCUCCCGGCUGUUCUUUGCUGGAGCCAGGGAGGGCCACCUUCCCAGCGUGUUGGCCAUGAUCCACGUGAAGCGCUGCACCCCCAUCCCAGCCUUGCUCUUCACAUGCAUCUCCACCCUGCUGAUGCUUGUCACCAGCGACAUAUACACGCUCAUCAACUACGUGGGCUUCAUCAACUACCUCUUCUAUGGCGUCACGGUUGCUGGACAGAUAGUUCUUCGCUGGAAGAAGCCGGACAUCAACCGCCCCAUUAAGGUCAGCCUGCUGUUCCCCAUCAUCUACUUGCUGUUCUGGGCCUUCCUGCUGGUCUUCAGCCUGUGGUCAGAGCCCGUGGUGUGUGGCAUUGGCCUGGCCAUCAUGCUGACAGGGGUGCCGGUCUACUUCCUGGGUGUUUCUUGGCAGCACAAGCCCAGGUGUUUCAAUAAGUUCAUUGAGUUGCUGACCCUGGUGAGUCAGAAGAUGUGUGUAGUUGUGUACCCCAAGGGGGAUAAGGAUCCGAAGAUGGAGGAAAGGAACCAGGACAUGGAGCAGCAGCAGCCCAUCUGCCAGCCCCCUGCCUCCAAGGACAAGGACGUGGAGCCCUGAGGACCACCCUCCCCUCUCAGCUGCCUCCCUCCUCUCCCUUUCUGCCCUCUGCCCAGGUCCCCCAAACACACACACACUCGCUCACAAACUCACACACACCUCUGCCUCUGUCAAGCAGACACAAGACCUGGAUAUGGGUGGUGAGAAACUGUAAACAAAGAUACUGACAUUUGUACCCAAAGAUCUAGCCUCCUCUCACCCCCAAGGCCUGUGUCUAAAGCCACCUCUCCCUUCCUAGACUGCCCCCCUCCCCUGAGCUGCCCAAGCUCCGGCUGCUAGAGGAGCUGCCAGGGGUGCCCUCCACAGCCCUCCCUCCGGGGUCCACACCCUCAGUCGCUUCCUCAGGAACCCGAGUUCAGUACUGCCUUCCCUCCCCAUUCCUGAGCCCAAGGGAGGCCUCAGCUCCAAGAGAAGUGGCAGCAAUAGUGAGUCACUUGGGCGGGACAGACCCAACCAAAUCUGUCACCAUGAAAGGUCAGCUGGAGAGACCCAAGUCCCCCUCCCUUCACCAGGGACCCAAGAAAUCAGAGGUGAUGCUUCCCUCUGCCCCACGGCUCCCGGCCACCACCCUGGCCUGGGCCCCCUGUGCAAAGUAAGGCUCCUCGGGACAGCACGUCCCCACUGAGCUGAGGACCAAUGGGCUGGAGAACUGCCUUCUCCCCCUCCCCCAGCCAGGCCUGUGGAACAGAUUGGGAAAGGCUCAGAUUGCAGAAACCCAGCCCUGCCUCUGCCCCUGUAUCCUCCCCCCAACUCGGUGCCAAAGCUUCCUGAAGCCAGAAAUUUGCUUAUUAUCAGUGUAGUGGACAUUUCUCUCCUAAUGACAAAGCAGCUCCACUCCUCCUCCCUCCCACCUCCAUGGAAAGGAGCCCACCACCCUGUAACCCCCCCACAGCAAUGCCCCUACACAGCCCCAGGCAGCCAGCAAUGCCAGCACCCCCAUCCUGCCUUUUGGCACCCCCAUCCUGCUCUUCUCUUCUUUGGACCUUAGCUUCAGGACUGAUGGUGUGAAGGCUCCCCAAGCCCUUCAUGCCUGAAAGUUGAGCCAAAUCAGCCUUAAGUCACCUCCCAUCCAAGAACUGGAACCUAAAAAUACCCCCUGCUUCUAGCCCUCCAGUCACAGCUUCCCAGGGGGGAGGGCUUUUCCCAUCUCCCCAGAGGUGCCUAGCCUGUCUUGUAGAAAACUGGGAAGAAAGUGUAUUCUGAAGGCCAGUUCCUCCCCCAACUCAGAUCAUCCAUCCCUCCUCCUGCUCCCAUCAAGGUUCUGUCUGGACAGCCUCCAGGUCAGGAUGAGAGGGCCAUGGCAAAAAGUCACUGUGGGGGGCUCAGAAAAACCCUUUCUCUGUGGUUUGCAGACUUGCAGGUAUCCUGUCCUGCAGGCAGGGCUGCCAUUCCCCCUGCUCCAGAGAAAGUACUGUUGUUCCCCAUGCUCCAGAGAAGGUACUGUUGUUUGCCCUUGGCCCUUGGAGCCUCCCCACCUCAUCUGUUGGGCUAAGGACUGGGAUUCUUUUAUCCCAGGCAGAAGUCCCCCUCACCCCAACUCCUCAUACAGUUUGCUGCAACUGGAAUACCUGGGGAGCCCUUCUGGCCUACUUGGCCUCUGGCUCCUCACCUGGCCUGCCUGAACCUGCAUCAGUGAGAUGCUGGUUUGCUCCAAGUUGUGGCCCCUUCUGAGUGGACUCCAGGUAGACUGGGGCUGGCCCCUGGAAGAUCAGGGGACCAUCCUCUUGUUCCCUCUUGUCAUUCGUCCAACCUCCUCCAAUUAUUGUUUUGUUGGGUUUUUUUUUGUAAAGUGGAUGCCUUACUUUUUGGAUAAAUAUUUUUGAAGCUGGCAUUUCUAUUUCUUUGGGAUUUUUAAGUUUUUGGGGUUUUUUUCUCCCCUUCAGGAAGGGUUUUAGUUAUACCUGGAUAAUAGUCUUCUGUCUUUGUUUAGGUUUUAGAAUUUUGUUUUGUGAGGGUUUUUUGUUUUCUUUUUUGUUGAUGUAAUAAAAUUUUAAAUGGAAA